AUGUCACUGAUUAGAAAAUUCGCCUAUACGGUGUUUUCUAUAGCUAUUUUAUUAAAUAUUUAUAUUUAUACUUAUCCUUCAAUAACUCCAAACAUAUGUUCAUGGGAAUAUCAAAAACCAAUAACAAAUCCAUCAAGUAAUUUGUUGGAUCCUUUAAAGAAAAUCCCAUAUUUAGGUGAUUUAAUUGAUCAAUACAUUGCACCAACUGAAUACAAGAAACCAACAAUUGAAGAUAUUAAAAUGUUGGCAUUUGGUGAUCCUCAAAUUAAAGGUAAUUGGCCUUCAACUCCAUAUAUUAAAAGAUUAGAUACUUUUGGUAAUGAUUAUUAUUUAGGUCAUAUUUAUAAAGUUAUGAAAAAAAGAUUACAACCAAAUUAUGUUGCUGUAUUAGGUGAUUUAUUUUCUUCUCAAUGGAUUGGAGAUUCUGAAUUUUUCAAUAGAACAAGACGUUAUGUUACAAGAUUAUAUGAUCAACCUGAUGAACAUCGUGAAUAUGCUUUAAAUUAUAUGAACACUCAUGAUCAAGUUGAUUGGAUGAAAUAUCUUGAAGAAACAAAAGCUAAGAAAUUAAAUGAAUUAGAAUUUGGUUAUAAUGAUGUUUAUGAUUGGAAUACACCAAAUUAUACUAAAAAAUUUGAUAAUGAACCAUUAUUUUUAAAUGUUACUGGGAAUCAUGAUGUUGGUUAUUCAGGUGAUGCUACUUGGCAACAUAUGACUCGUUAUGUUCAAUUAUUUGGUAAAGAUAAUUUCUGGAUUGAAUAUAAUGCAGGUACACCACAUGCUUAUCGUAUAGUUGUUUUAAAUUCUUUAUUAUUAGAAGGUCCUGCUUUACAACCAGAAUUUAUUGAUUAUACAUGGGAAUUCUUAUAUCAAUUAUUUGAAAGAAAAUUUAAAGGCUCUACUAUUUUAUUAACUCAUGUUCCAUUUUAUAAAGAAGAAGGACUUUGUGUUGAUGGUCCAUAUAUUGAUUAUUAUAAAGAAAAUGCUAGAGAACCUUAUAAAAUUGGUAAACUACGAUCACAAAAUCAUUUAAGUCAUGAUGUUUCUCAACGUGUCUUAAAUUUAAUUUUUAAUGAUGAACCUGGUAUUAUAUUAACAGGUCAUGAUCAUGAAGGUUGUGAAACUUAUUAUAAUAAAAAUUCUACUGGACAAUAUUGGACAGCUUCUAAGACUAAAGAUACAAAUGAUGUUAGUAUUAAAGAAGUUACAGUUAGAGCUAUGAUGGGUGAAUAUGGUGGUAAUUCUGGAUUAAUGACUGGUCAUUUUAAUGUUGGUAAACAAGAAUGGGAAUUUGAUUUUAAAUUAUGUCCAUUUAUUAUUCAACAUGUUUGGUGGGUUACUAAAGUUGUUAGUAUCAUUUCAACUUUAUUAUUAUCUACCGUUUAUUUAUUUGGAUUAUGA